AUGGCCGGAAAUGAAAGCGAAUGGGUUGAAGUAAGGCGGCGUAAGAACAUCGUUGUCGGAGAGCUUGAGGACAUCACUUCCUUUUAUGUAACUAAUAUUCCAGGUGGAAUCAGGAAAUCCGAGAUUUGGAAACCAUGCGCGAAACUUGGAGACUUGGCAGACGUGUAUCUGGCGGGUAGGAGGGAUGCAGGUGGCUCUUAUUUUGCGUUUGUCAAGUAUCGAAGAGUAAACAAUAUUAUUGCGAUGGAAGCGGCGCUGAACGGUGUAACAAUGUGGGGGAAGAAGAUUAGGGCUAACGUCUCCAAGCACCCUCGGAAACCUCCGUCGUCGGCUGGUAAAGUUGCGGCCCCGUAUGGGCAAAAGAACCUUACCUCUCACUCUGUUUUCAGGCCGAGGGAUAACAAAUCAUUUGCUGAUGUGCUGAAAGGGUCGUUACAGAGUGAGGAGAAGUCGCCUAUGUCUUUGGUGGAAGAUAUCAAAUACCUUGGUGGUAUGUAUGUUAUCAUGAAGUUUAAAUCCAAUAAGGCGGCUGAGAUGUUUAGGGCGAAUAAAAGCAUUUGGAUGAAGUGGUUCAUGGGGUUAGAAGUUGCCGAUGUCUCGCAUGGGAAGGUUUGUGUUCUGUCCGCAUCAAGGCGAAAAAUUAACGAUGAAGUCAUGGUUAAUGUCGGAGGAGUUAAUUACUCAAUUGGUGUCACCGAGUUGGAUGAUGAGUGGUUUCCAUUCAAACCUUUUAACCAUAAUUAUCAAUCUGAGUCGGAAAUUGGGGAUGACGAUGAUUCAAGUGACGGAGAUUCUUCCGUUAACAUGGGGCUGGAGGAGGGUGAAAUUCUGACUGAAGCGGUGGCGGAAGAUGAACCAUCGAUGGGUGUUGAUUCGUCGUUUACUAGGGGAGAGGAGGAGUUGCAUGGGAAUUCGGCCUCGCAUGGGAACGAUAUUAAAGCAUCUCCUUCCCAUGUACAUGUUUACGUCAAUGGGGUUUAUUUAGAUGAUGGAAUACAUGUGGUCCCAAAUGUCUCUUCUCCCAUUCCUAUUGCUUCGGUUGGGCCUAUUUUGGGUCCUGGGUCCAGGAGGGAAACUAGUAGCCCAGAUUUUCAGUUGGGUGGUUCUACUUUCAAACGGCAUCGUACAAAGAAAAAAAAUCCCCAAAGAAUUCAGUAUUAA